AUGCUGUGGACCGCAAGUCUCUACCUCCUCUGGGCCUCCUCCGUCCUCGGAGCUCCUACGGAUAAACCGAGGCAGAAGGUGCUGCUGAUCUCCUUCGACGGUUUCCGAUGGGACUACGACCGCGAUGUGGACACGCCGCACCUCGACAAAAUGGCCAAGGAUGGAGUCAAAGCCCUGUAUGUCACACCGCCUUACCUCACCAUCACCAGUCCUACACACUUCACCCUGUUGACAGGCCGCUACAUCGAGAAUCAUGGGGUAAUCCACAACAUGUGGUUCAACACAUCCACCGGUCAGAAGAAGCCUUACUAUCAGACUCAGCAUGUGAAUGAGUGGUGGGACAAUGGCACUCUGCCUAUCUGGAUCACAGCACAGAAACAGGGCCUGAAAGCUGGCUCUCUUCAUUUUCCUGGCACAGCUUCCAGUUACCAGGGACAGGUUGCUAUGGUGCGGGAAGUGGAGCCACCGCUUUACAACUACAAGAACGAGACCGCUUGGCGAGAGAACACAGACAAGGUGAUGGACUGGUUCAGUAACCAGGAUCUGGACUUUGUGUCCAUGUACUUUGGUGAGCCAGAUAGCACCGGCCACAAAUAUGGCCCAGACUCCCCACAGCGACGAGAGGUGGUCAAGCAGGUUGACCGAACAGUGGGCUACAUCCGCCAAUCAGCUGAAGAACACGGACUGACCAGCCGCCUGAACAUCAUCAUCACAGCAGACCACGGCAUGUCCACGGUGUACCGCAACGGGCUAGUAGAAGAGAUCAUCCUGUCCAAGAUCCCAGGCUUCUCCUUCCGUGACCUGUCCUUCCACCUGGUGGACUUUGGCCCCUCCGGGAUGCUGUUGCCGAAGCCGGGCAGGCUGGAUAAGGUUUACAACGCCUUGAAGGGGGCCCAUCCCCACCUCCAUGUGUUCAAGAAGGAGGAGAUGCCAGAGCGUCUCCACUUUGCCAAAAAUGACCGAAUCCUCCCCAUCAUUUUAUGGUCCGACCCUGGAUAUGUAAUCAACGGGUAUCUCCCGGUUCAGUUCCACAAGGGAGAGCAUGGCUAUGACAACCAAGAGAUGGACAUGAAGCCCUUCUUCAGGGCGGUGGGUCCAGCAUUUCAGAGGAACCUGGAGGUGGGGCCCUUUGAGACGGUGAACAUCUACCCCCUGAUGUGUCACAUCUUGGGCAUCCAGCCGGAGGUCAACGACGGCAACCUGAACGCCACCAAACACAUGCUGGUUACUCACGUUGAGACCAGUACUCAUGAUGUGAACCUCCUGCAGAGUGUCUUCACCGGAUUCGCAGCGCUGGCUGGAUUUCUUGUCAUUGUUUUUAUAGUGAUGAUGUCUCACAAAAUAAUCAAGAACAAACGCAAGAAUAAAAGAUCAGACAGUUUCUCAGAUCAUCCAGAAGACGCUAAACAAACUUCACUUUGAUCAUCAGACACACAAAAAAACCCUCUGCAAAAAUGCUUUUAUCUCAAAUAGAGAAACAGCUGUAAACUGUGGACAUUCCCUCUGGCUGAUUUUGUUAAACCACUGUUGUGAUUUUGCAACUUUAGCCACCUGUUUUGGUACAUAACAGAGAAUAAGCUAAUAUUCGACAGAACUGGGGGAACUUAAUAAUAAUAAUAAUAAAUCAUAUUUAUCAGUUUGAUGGCACACAACAGGUUUUUGUUUAUUUUAUUUGGUAUUUGGUUGAAACUUGUGACACAGUGUGCUUGUGAGGGAAUAAAAUGUACAUGUAUGUUAGGAAUCUGUCGUUUACUUCAGGUGUAACUUAAUGUUUUGAUUAAUAAACUUGAUUUGAAUAUCAUAUAAUCAUGUAAUUACCUACACUUUGUGGUUUUGAAGUUGACUUAAAAUUGUACCAUACCA